AUGCAUUUCGAUGUUAUAAUUCGAGUUUUAUACAUUUCCUUCCUGUUCUACCGUACCAAUGAGGUGUACAUCGUGGAGGUGUACAAGCACUGGAACCGCGUCCUCAUCAAGCUGGUUGAUUCACUGAAUUGUAUCAUCUGCCUGUACACCUACCAUAGGGAUGACUCCGGAGCCUGCAGGAUUUUUCUGGGGAACCCCACUAUCAAUGAUCUUUUCACCCUUCCACGGCCACCGUGUCCGGUGCCGAAGUACUUGGGCGGUUUCGGAUUCAAUCCUCUGAGCGGCCACCUCGAUGACUUCAAGGUAAUAUGCAUCAACCUACACUUUGAAUACAAAGAUCGGGAAAGGAAAAGGCACUCGCAGGUCGAGGUUUAUAGCCUGAGGACGAACUCUUGGAAGCAACUCGGGGAUUGCUGUCCUUCCUACCUUACCAGUCACCUGGUAAACAAGCAGCCAGUCAUAUCCCUCUUCGAUGUGGCCAAGGAGGAAUUUCAUGAGAUGACGCCGCCUAACUCGAUGCCUUCAGAUGGCAACCACAUUGGGUUAGUAGGCAGUUGUCUGUCUCCGUUGGCGCAUAACCCAAGUGAAGGCUAUGAAGUGUGGACGAUGAGGGAGCUCAGGAAGCUGGUGUCUUGGACUAAGCUAUACGAGAUUGAGUUUCCCAGUUACAUAAGUUUUUACGACAAGGACACAGGGAGAUUUAGCGAAAAUUUGCGGUUUCCUGUAGAUUCGAUAUAUGGCAAUCGCUUGGUGGCCCAUGCCAAGAGUCUGAUUUCUCCGUCUUACAGUGCAAGGGUAUAG